AUGACUCCCAUUGUGGUCGACGCUUUCGAGGAAACGACCCAUUGCACAGCUUGUCGACUUGCCGGGGGCUUGAAAAACUGUGAAGUCGAAACAAGCCCAGUGCACACUCUGCACUUGAGCAUCGUCUCGAAAACGCUCCAGGUCCAGCUCUUCCAUGCCCCUCACCUGAUUCCACCACGACAUAGUCAUUUCUUCUCGGAAUGCCCAACAACGACGAGCCUCCUCUUCUCCGAAAAGCUGCCGGGUCUGCUCAACAUCGUCCGGAAUCUGUUUUUCGAACAGGGUGAAGCCACACACCACGAGCCCAUUGUACACCAAGUAAUCCACGGCCCAGUCGAGGAAAGGGUCUUCGUCAUAUUCGUCAAGAUCGUGAUCACGAUCCACACCGCUUCUGCAGUCUCAUCACGGCCCAAGAGGACGGUGAGUAGAACGAUGCCGAGUUUGGCAAGUAUCACGGCCAGGCGAACCACCAUUCUCACGUUCCAUCUCCAGUCGUCGAGUUUGUCCACGCGGGCUUGCAUCUCAGCAGGGAGCUUUGGCUUCGUGGUGGAAAAGAAUCUGUCCAGCAGACGGACGGUGGCUGGUCCGAAAGCAUCCAUGGUCAUCUCCCUCGCGGGUUUUGGUGCCCGCGCACCUGCCACUAUCUCCAGGCCGUGUUUGCUUUCAGGCUGGCGUUUCAAGAUGGCAGGCGCUGGUGAUACCAUGGUGUGGUUGCUGCUGUUACCAGUUGCGGUAUAA